UUAACUAUUACCGACCGACUCAGCUGGCUUCUCUACCAUGGCGGCCGAGAAGCUCCGGGAUUUGAGUCAACCGAUCGACGUCGCAUUGCUCGAUGCCACCGUCUCUGCCUUCUACGGCACCGGAUCUAAAGAAGAGAGAACAGCGGCAGACCAGAUCUUGCGGGAAAUGCAGAACAAUCCGGAUACAUGGCUGCAAGUCGUGCACAUUCUACAAAGUACGAAGAACUUAAAUACUAAGUUCUUUGCCUUACAGGUCUUAGAAGGUGUCAUAAAGUACAGAUGGAACGCAUUGCCCGUUGAACAAAGAGAUGGGAUGAAGAAUUACAUUUCUGAAGUCAUUGUGCAGCUCUCGAGUAAUGAAGCUUCACUUCGAAUGGAAAAGCUGUAUAUCAACAAGCUGAACAUCAUAUUAGUACAGAUCUUGAAGCAUGAGUGGCCCGGCAGAUGGAGAAGCUUUAUUCCUGAUCUUGUUUCAGCCGCAAAAACUAGUGAAACAAUCUGUGAAAAUUGUAUGGCCAUUUUGAAACUUCUGAGUGAAGAGGUUUUUGACUUCUCGAGAGGUGAAAUGACGCAGCAAAAGAUCAAGGAGCUCAAACAGUCGCUGAACAGUGAGUUCCAACUCAUCCAUGAGCUGUGUUUGUAUGUACUAUCCGCAUCUCAAAGAACUGAGCUCAUAAGGGCCACACUGUCGACGUUGCAUGCUUUCCUCUCAUGGAUUCCUUUGGGUUACAUUUUUGAAUCUCCAUUGCUGGAAACGCUCCUAAAGUUUUUUCCUGUGCCAUCGUAUCGGAAUCUCACAAUUCAAUGCCUUACAGAGGUGGCCGCCCUCAAUUUUGGAGAUUUCUAUAACGUGCAAUAUGUGAAUAUGUAUAAUAUAUUCAUGGUGCAGUUACAGGCUAUUCUUCCUCCUACUACAAACAUCCCAGAGGCUUAUGCGCAUGGUUCUAGUGAGGAGCAGGCAUUUAUCCAAAACUUGGCUUUGUUUUUCACCUCAUUCUACAAGGUUCACAUUAGGAUAUUGGAGUCUACUCAGGAUAAUAUGGCAUCCUUGCUUCUGGGUCUAGAGUACCUUAUAAACAUCUCAUAUGUGGAUGACACUGAAGUCUUCAAGGUUUGCCUGGAUUACUGGAAUGCCUUGGUCCUGGAGCUUUUUGAGGCACACAAUAAUCUGGACAAUCCCGCUGUGACGGCGAAUAUGAUGGGAUUGCAGAUGCCUUUGAUUCCUGGCAUGGUUGAUGGCCUAGGUUCCCAACUGCUGCAGCGGCGGCAGCUAUAUGCUGCCCCUAUGUCCAAGCUUAGAAUGCUCAUGAUCUCUCGUAUGGCCAAGCCUGAAGAAGUUCUCAUUGUUGAAGAUGAAAAUGGUAACAUUGUUCGUGAGACAAUGAAAGACAAUGAUGUUCUCGUCCAGUACAAGAUAAUGAGAGAGACCUUGAUCUACUUGUCACACCUUGAUCACGAGGACACUGAAAAGCAGAUGCUGAAGAAAUUAAGUAAACAGCUGAGUGGUGAGGAUUGGUCAUGGAAUAACUUAAACACGCUGUGCUGGGCAAUCGGCUCUAUUUCUGGGUCCAUGAUGGAAGAACAGGAAAAUAGAUUCUUGGUGAUGGUCAUCCGUGAUUUGCUGAAUUUGUGUGAAAUCACGAAAGGGAAGGACAACAAAGCUGUUAUCGCCAGUAAUAUCAUGUAUGUUGUUGGACAGUAUCCCAGAUUCCUAAGAGCCCACUGGAAGUUCUUGAAGACUGUUGUAAAUAAGUUGUUCGAGUUCAUGCAUGAGACCCAUCCUGGAGUGCAGGAUAUGGCCUGUGAUACUUUCUUAAAGAUUGUUCAGAAAUGCAAGCGGAAAUUUGUUAUUAUACAGGUUGGAGAAAACGAACCCUUUGUAUCUGAGCUUUUAACAGGCCUUGCAACAACAAUUGCAGAUCUUGAGCCCCACCAGAUCCACUCAUUUUAUGAAUCAGUCGGACAUAUGAUUCAAGCCGAACCUGAUCCCCAGAAGAGGGAUGAGUAUCUCCAGAGGUUGAUGGACCUCCCCAAUCGGAAAUGGAAUGAGAUUAUAAGCCAGGCGCGUCAAAGUGUAGACUUUCUAAAGGAUCCAGAUGUUAUAAGGACUGUGCUCAAUAUAUUGCAGACAAAUACAAGUGUUGCAAGUUCUCUUGGAACAUUCUUCCUGUCACAGAUUUCAUUGAUCUUUUUGGACAUGCUUAAUGUUUAUAGAAUGUACAGUGAGCUUAUAUCGAGUACCAUUGCAGGGGGAGGGCCCUUUGUUUCCAAAUCAUCAUUUGUCAAACUUCUACGAUCGGUCAAGAGGGAAACUCUAAAGCUGAUCGAGACAUUUCUGGACAAGGCUGAGGAUCAACCACAAAUAGGAAAGCAGUUUGUCCCUCCAAUGAUGGAUCCUAUUCUCGGGGACUACGCGAGGAAUGUGCCUGAUGCUAGAGAAUCCGAAGUUUUAUCACUUUUUGCGACUAUCAUAAAUAAGUACAAGGGUGUCAUGAUAGAGGAUGUGCCUCGCAUUUUUGAGGCUGUUUUCCAAUGCACUUUAGAGAUGAUUACCAAAAAUUUUGAAGAUUACCCUGAGCAUCGGCUGAAGUUUUUUUCUUUACUCCGUGCCAUUGCUGCACACUGUUUCCCUGCAUUAAUUAGACUGUCAAGUCAGCAACUUAAGCUGGUAAUGGAUUCUAUCAUCUGGGCUUUUCGGCACACGGAGAGAAAUAUUGCUGAAACUGGGCUAAACUUGUUGUUGGAGAUGCUGAAGAACUUUCAGGCUUCUGAGUUCUGUAAUCAGUUCUACAGGACGUACUUUCUGACGAUAGAGCAAGAGAUUUUUGCUGUUUUAACGGACACUUUUCAUAAACCAGGGUUCAAGUUACACGUUUUAGUCCUGCAACACCUGUUUUGUCUGGUGGAGAGUGGUGCAUUGACAGAACCUCUAUGGGAUGCCUCAACAGUUCCUUAUCCCUAUCCAAAUAAUGCAGUCUUUGUUCGUGAAUACACCAUAAAGCUGUUGGACACUUCAUUUCCUAACAUGACUGUAGCAGAGGUCACUCAAUUUGUGAACGGUCUCCUGGAGUCGACAAAUGACCUCUCCACAUUCAAGAAUCACAUCAGAGACUUUCUUGUCCAAUCAAAAGAAUUUUCGGCUCAGGAUAACAAGGACCUCUACGCGGAAGAGGCCGCUGCUCAGAGGGAAAGAGAGCGACAAAGGAUGCUUUCUAUUCCAGGGCUCAUUGCCCCAAAUGAGAUACAGGACGAGAUGUUGGACUCAUAGGUUGCACAUGAUUUCAGAUGUUUUGAAUUUCGAGUUUGGCUGAGGCACCUUCACCAACUUACCAAAAACAAGGAGGCCAACGGUUUUAGCGUUCUUUUUCACUCUAUGGAUUGUUUCUCUUUUGUCCGCCCGAAGUUUUCCGCUAAUUGAACUGGCAAGGGAAAGGUAGUGGGUGUGCAAAGUCAUAGGUGCUGGUGAUGACAUUGCCUUGUUCACCUCGUGGCGGCUGUGUAGAUUAGUUAGGUACUGAUUUAGGGGUUUUUAGUCCUGGACUUAGAUUGUGUCUCUGAAUAGGAGGAGAGGCAGACCGGAAAUUUCUCAUUUUCUAUUAUAGUGAUAAUUCGUGGUAAAAGAACUGUGGUAACGGGUUGUGCAGCUAUAUCCUUUUUCUUUCUUUUUGGUUUAUAAUUUGUAGAAUGUUUGGGUUUUGAGGGAAUUGACUUGAUCACCCUGUCAAUUUUUGGGGAGUGGUUGUACCUUGACAUUAAUUAAUACAUAGACCUGGUAUUUUCA